ACACAAAAUAUUGGAUGAUAAAUUUGCAAUUUUACUUUCUGGGAAACGUGUCUUGUUAAGAGAAUUAGAGAUGAUAAAAUGACGAACAGGGAAAUAGCGAUUUAUUGGUUCAGACACACGCUUUAUUCGUUUGGCUUGCGAAGGAUCCCAUCAACUGUACUGUCCUCACCCCCUCAAAAAAAACAUCAUCAAAAAACCCUAAGCUCUCUUCUACCCAUCGACUCCGAUCUGUAUUGUCUCGUUGGGUGCCAAUCAAGUUUGGAUUUUUCUUUUAUAGUUAAAUAGAUUGUUUGGUGUUUCUGUGAUUUUCUUUUGAUUUUAUACUACUGGUUGCACGUUGGAAUCAUUUUGUACAAAGCCAUUUAGGCGUGUAAUUAAGUAAUUUUCUCUAUCAACUAGAAUACUAGAAAGCAGUUUAUGAUAUUUAAAGGUGGACAAUUUUAUAGUUGGAAGUAAGAAAUUACAGUCUAAAUGUUGAAAGGUAGGAAGGUUACUGGCAGGGGUGAGACGACGACACCCCAAUAUGCUUUUGGUCCACUUGAAGAUGACAUAAUAAUUAAGCACAGGCUUCUGACCCGUACGACAACAACAAGAGGUGAUCCUCCAUUGAAGAAACUUCAGAAAAAGUUUACAGCUUUCGUGCUGGAAAUAGAGAAAGAAGCCAACAACCAUAGUGACUGUGAGAGACUUGCCAAGGCAUUUUUACAGGAGACGAAUACUUUUGAAAUUCCGCUUCUCAAGAGUAAAGCAGUUAUAGAUGCUAAUAUUAGAGAGAAGGAAAACUUCAACGAGUUGAAAGAUGAGAUAAAUAGGCAGAUUUUACAGGCACAGGCCGAUAUAGAAGAUCUGAAGAAACAGCUGGAAGAGAGCAAGACUGAGAGGCAGCACAAAGAGGAGUGUGAGGCUAUUAGGAAGUUGAUUGCCAUGCAGCCUCCAAGAUCAGAAACUCAAAAAAUCAUUACAGAUCUCGAGAAAGAGAUUGCAAUGUUAGAAGCAGAGAACACUGCUGGGUCAAGGACACUGGAACUUCGCAAAAAGCAAUUUGCUCUUCUGUUACAUGUGGUGGAUGAAUUACAGAAUAACAUUGAGGAGGAGCAGAGAAAUCUAAUGGAGGAAAUGCGAACGUCAUUUGAUGAGAAUAGGACUGGAGUUGAGGAUGCCACUGGGGAUCCCCAAGCCAUGGCUCUUGAUUAGCUAGUAAAUUGCACUUUUGCCUGGGUACUCGUAAUAUUUGCUGCUGCACUUUGUUUUCUAUGUUUUGUCUGUACUGGAAUAUUAUCUGAAGACAACUGCCAACAAUAAUACGAUCUAUUCUGAAAAUUUGAUUGAAUCUCAUGUACUUUUCGAGGGACCUCUUUUCUUCUUUGUGUAAAUAUUGUAAGCAACGGGUGCGAGUUUGCAUCCUUGUAAACGAUACAAUCAAAUUUGAAACGUGAUCUGCACGCUUAAGGAGAAUGGCCAAGCCUGAGCAAUAUAGGAUACCUUUUUCCUCA